UGUUUUCCGCCCAUUGUUGUUUUCCUCGCAUCAGCCGGUGGGCAUCAUCCACGGCGCAUCCUCAGUGUCUCCGAAGAACACACCCAGACGUGAUCCCUGAUUUUUAUUCUCUUUCUUGAUGCUUGUGUAUCAGUGCAGUUUUCCUUCGCAGACACAAUGGCAGUGACAGUGGCUCGGUGUGGAUGCAUGUGGCCUUUGAACCCAUUGUUGUGUCGCGGGUGAGGGUGACGUCAGUGCCGUGUGCGGUAGACGGAGCGGCGUGCUCGACUAGACAAAGACGGUGGACUGACUCGGGUCAGGCAGCAGCAGCAGCAGCGGAGAGCCCACGCUCCCUGGGUGAAGUCAGACUCAACACCCGCGCUUGGAUUUUCAACAGAGCAGCCAGGGCGAUGCUCAGCCUGAAGACCUAUUGACGCUUCCUGGGUGAUGCGCGGACUCUUCGGGGGAGAAAAACAGCUCCAUCUCUCAUUUUUAGCGUCGUUCCUCCAACGCCCCCCAUCCCUGCUUUAGCCUGCUAGGUGGCUAACACCGCUAGCUCUUCUCCUCCCGGCUGCUUUCUCUUCUUUUCCUCGGCAACCUGACAACACGAGAAGAGGAGAGUUUAUCGGCCACGACCAGAGGAGAAUUGGCCAUCACACGGGCUUCUGUGAUCUGAUGUAAGAUCCACAGAGACUAUGCCGAGCCCUUUAUUCCAUCCCGAGAUCAUGGACCACGACGUGGUGAUCAGCAGCCAGCACAACGGUCUUCCCCGCGAGACGGACCAGGACUCGCGGGAAGAGGACCACCAGGAGGUCCUGCGCUUCGCCCUGGAUCAGCUGUCACUCAUGGCUCUGGAGAAGGUGGACGCUGGGAGUGGAGGCGGCGGGCUGGUCGACUCUCUGGAGGGGACCCCGGGUCCCGGCUCGGAGAGCUGCAACGGCGGAGGCGGCUAUGUGGAUCUACAGAUGAUGGAGCACCCGAGCGGCUCCCGAGACUCGCCGACCUCCUGCUCGCCAUCCCCCGAGUACUACGGCUCGAGCGGGUACCACAUGGCCGGCUCGCACUCCAUGAUCCACGGGGAACAAAGCUCGGUGCUCAGCAGCAGGAAGAGGAGCGUCAACAUGACCGAGUGUGUGCCUGUGCCGAGCUCCGAGCAUGUGGCUGAGAUCGUGGGGAGACAAGGGUGCAAGAUCAAGGCCCUCCGUGCCAAGACCAACACUUACAUCAAGACUCCAGUCAGAGGCGAAGAGCCCGUGUUCAUCGUGACCGGACGCCGAGAAGACGUGGAGAUGGCCAAGCGUGAGAUUGUGUCUGCGGCUGAGCAUUUCUCCAUGAUCAGAGCGUCGCGCUGCAAGGCCGGUGGGCCUGGCGGAGGCGGCUCUCUCCCCGGACCCCCUCAUCUACCCGGGCAGACCACAAUCCAGGUGAGGGUGCCGUACAGAGUGGUGGGUUUAGUUGUUGGACCCAAGGGAGCCACUAUCAAGCGGAUCCAGCAGCAGACUCACACCUACAUCGUGACACCCAGCCGGGAGAAGGACCCCGUGUUUGAAGUGACUGGGAUGCCUGAGAACGUGGACCGAGCCCGAGAGGAGAUCGAGACCCACAUCACCCUGAGAACUGGAACCUUUGUGGACCUCCAGGGAGACAACGACUUCCACACCAAUGGCACUGACGUCAGCCUGGAAGGCCUGGGCUCCCUGAGCGGAGGCUUGGGAGCAUCACUGUGGUCCAGGGCGAGCAACCACCACUCUGCACCUCCUCCUCCUCCCUCCUCGCCACCCCCGUCCCUGCCCAUGACCAUGCACCACUCCUCCUCCCGGAAGAUGUCCUCCUCGGUGCCCUACCACACGCACAACGGUGGCAUGAACUCGGACGGCUUCAGCAACGCUCGCAAAGCCAACGAAAGUGGCAGCCCCACCAGCCCCUUCAGCACAGGCUCCAGCAGCGCCGGCGGAGGAUUCAGCUUCGGCACAGAAUCCAACCCCGGGCUUCCCUCGUCAGAUGAGCUGGGCUUCGAGUUCAGCGCUUCCAACAUCUGGGCACCGUUUGUCAACGGAGGAUCCAACAACAAGUCCGGCGGCUCCUCGCAGCAGCAGCCCCUGCGUCGCAACAGCAGCGGCCUCAGCGGUGGCGCCGUCACGCCACGCUUGUCUCCAACUCUCCCUCAAGAUGUGGGCGUGGGUCCGCUGGACCACCCGCUGGCUCGCCGCGCCCAGAGCGACCCGCUCAGCACUCUGUCCUGGCUCCAGUCUGGCAGCGUCGGCGGCGGCUCCUUCUCAGGAGGCUCCAGCUCUAGCUCCGGCGGCUCCUCCACUGGAUACUCAUCCUGCUCGGCCUCCUCUCUGCCCGGCGGCUCUCCCACCGACUCCGAAGGGGGUGGCAGCGGCGUGGGCCUCAGCUCUGGGAUGCUGAGUCGGCUGAAGGGUGGCUCCGGACCCGGGGUCGCUGGUCUGGUCGGCGUGGGCCCUGGGAUCAACAGGGACUGUUUCGUGUGCUUCGAGAGCGAGGUGACGGCGGCACUGGUGCCGUGCGGCCACAACCUCUUCUGCAUGGAAUGCGCCGGGCAGAUCUGCCAGUCGGCCGAGCCCGAGUGCCCCGUCUGCCACACCCCCACUACACAGUGCAUUCGCAUCUUCUCUUAAUGUCGGGGCUCCACGUCCAGGGGUACGGAGAAAAGACUGGGGGGAGUCCAUCCAUAGAUGUGAAGGAAACAAUGGAAGGAUUCACGCUUGUUACCUUCACUCCUGACAGACCAUAAUAACCAUACUAAGAGAACAUAGAAGCUGACGAUGAACAAUAAUACUGAGGUGUUUUCAGUGAAGCGGAGGGAAUCUAGUGUCUUAUCUCUCUUCAGGCCUUCAUUUGGACCCGAGCAGCUCCGAUCUGUCGACAUCCUCCAUCCUCUCAGAUCUUCUGCUCGAUUUCUCUUCACAGCCUUUCUCUCUUUUUGACACUUUUGUACUUACAGAUAUUUUUUGAUGAAGCUGUCGACGAGGCGUGCACUUUUUCUACUUAUUUUAAUGUUGCUGACAGGACGCCAACAAUACCUUGCUUCCUUCUCUCUCUCUCUCUUUUCUCUCAUGUUGUUUGUGACAGUUCGCGGCAGGGUUGAAUUUUUUUUCGUCCAGUUUUCUAAAGGUCGGGCAGCAGCAGAACAAUAGAACAUCUUCCUGGUUGCCACACAACAGAAAUUAGCCAUCAGUGAAGCCAAAUCGAUGCUCUUUUCAUUCUGAGUCAAAUGAGAUGUGAGUCACGUCGAUGAUCACUCGAAAAAGAGCGGAAGGCCCAAGCUCCAACUGAGCACCUUCACCUCCAGACAAUCCCUUUACUUUAUAGAACCUUCUCCGAACCUGUUUGUUCCACUGCUCCAGUAUUUGUUCCGGCCUCUUUGGCCCCCGUAACAGAAGCCCGGUGACUCCCCUUCUCGAUGCACUCCUUGCCCCUUCCAAAUAGAAAGGAAAAACUCUUUUGUUUCGGUCUUCCACCCCACACUGGCAGCAAAGCUGUAUGGCACUCUCUGGAACACUGUUCAUAAAAAAAGCGCUGGAUUCUGGGCCAAACGCGCUCGACGCGGAUGCUAGGUGGAGACCCGCCCCGCGCUCCAACCCCAGCCUCGGUGGCGUCCGCUUUAUUUUUUUACGAUUCUGUGCGAGUUUGCAGUAACUGCCUCCGUUUAUAGUGUUAAUUCUGUGUGUGUGCGCGUGCGUGUUUUGGGCCGUGCUUUGGCUAAACUUACUCUGAAUCAGCUCAUAGAAUGAGACAAGCCAUGACACAAUUUAAGGACACACACACACACCUGGUUGUUAAGGGCUUCCUCUGACUGCACAGACGCUUUCAGGCAGAAGGACGAGUCAUCCUCACGGCAGCUAGUCGCCAGGUCACCCAGGGCUUCCAGACACGCUGCGCAUUCACUGUGCAGCUGCAGAAUGUCGCCGUGUUUUGUCAUCAUUUUUGAGUCCCGACCCCCUCAAAGUCCAUCUCCGCCUGCUCCCUCAACAGCAGGGUGACCCCCACACCCCCUCUCCUUGCCCCAUCCCCUCCCCCGGAGCCCGUUCUCCUGUGAAUAAUUGGCAACGCUGCAGAAGUGAAGCCUUCAGUUGUUGCGCUCCUGCGCUCCAACAGGCUGAAGUGAUACGUGUGAUAUGACGAGGGCCGCGGCCCCCACGCUGAUCCUUGUGAACUGGUGGUCUUUGUCAAGACCCUUGGUGCUUCGGGGCGUCUCCCUACUGAGAGAUGCUGAUGAACAAAGUAGCCGAGUCGUCCCCCCUCCCUCUCUCUCAGACUUGACUCCAGCUCACUGUAGAUCUGGAGUCCUGUCCCUGCUGCGAGUCCAGAUCAGUUGUGUGGAGUCUGUUUUAGACCCAGUUUGCCGCCGUGUUAACAAGUGUUUGUUUUUAAAAACCCCAGUUCUCACUUGAGAUCUGGCCCAGUGCCGGGAUGUUUGUGGCCCAGAGAGAAUGUUCCGGUCAAUGUACAGUAGUUUCCUCGUUGAAAGGUACAAGUUUUUUCAGAUCGCUGUUUUUUUUUUUUGUUUUGUUUUGUUUUAAAUCGUAUUUUGUUUUUAGCCAAAUGUGCGUUCCCCCCUCCCCCAUUUCCUUCCUAAAGGUUUGAAAACAGGGUUUCCUGAGGCAUGCUAGCCACUCACCUCUGACCUUUUUUUGUGAUUAGAGGGGGGGAUGCGAAGAGAGCCUCGCCAAUAAGCGGUGACAGACUCCGCUCAAGCCUCUGCUCUCCUAUUUUUGCUUUAAUUCUCUUUUGUAUGCAGAACCAAAACGUGGGCGACUCUUAGGCGCGACCCGAGUGUGUAAAUAUCCUCAAUACAAUCAAUGGGAUCUUGUUUUCAAAAAGACUUGAUUGAAGAGAAGUGUAGUUUCUAAAAACAUGUAUUAUUAUUUGUAAGUUAACCAUCUGCAUGUCUUUAAAGCCACAUGGCGUUAGAUAAUAAUUUUUAAGAUGGAAAAAAAAACUUUUUACACAUUUUAUUUUUUACACUUUAUUUGCUUACCUAAAUAUCCCAGACAACAAUGUGACCCUUUUUAUGACUUAAAUCUUAUUUUUAUUUUGUAAGUUUUUUUUAUUUCCUUUAUUUUCUGUGUAUUACAUAUAGGCAAUUUAUAACAAAAUGAGAAAAUUAUUGAAUAAAUUUAAAAAAUUGAAAUAUAUUUUAUUUGAAAGUUUAUGGACCUUUUAACCGCGAGGAGGGAAAAUUGUAUAAUUGUAUGAUUUUAGCCGACUUGACGGUUAUAAGAAAUGUAUCAAGAGUUUUAUUUUUUAUGCUUCUUUAAUAAAGUCUCGUUUUUUGGUUUCAUUUUUUUACUGUAAAAUGAAUUUUGGCGUCUUGUCUUUAUUUCUUGGUCGCACGGAAUUGCAGGUGCUUAUCUUGACCAGCAGGUGUCAGCAAUGACGAGUGGUGG